GGUCCGCGCAGGCCCGGCGCGGGCGGCGCUGCGCCCCCAGCGGCCGCGCUCGGCUCUGCACGCGGCCGGGCCCGAGCCGCUCGCCCCGUGAAGCGGCGCCGCAGCAACCUGACCCCGCCCGCGCCGAGGCCUUUCUCGCUACUUAUCCAUUUGUUUAUUGACUUACGCUUUUUAAAUUACUGUGUCCAGAUCGGGGCUGCUCAGUACGGGAGAGACACGGAACAUCUGGAGCGGGUCCAGCGGAGGGAAACAAAGAUGUUUAAGGGACGGGAGCAUCUCUUUCGUGAGGAAAGGCUGAGGGAGCUGGGCCUGUUCAGCCUCGAGAAAGAGACGACUGAGAGGGCGCCUUAUCAAUGUAUAUAGGUAUCUAAAGUGGGAGGCGUCAGGAGGAUGGAGCCAGGCUCUGCUGGGAGGUGCCAAGCAAUAGGACAAGAGGCAAGAAAACUGAUGCACAGGAAAUUGCCCCCGAAGAUGAGGAAGAGCUGCUUUCCUGUGCCGGUGAACGGAUUGCCCAGAAAGCUUGUGGGGUCUCCCUGGCGAUACUCCAGAGCCGUCUGGAUGCCAUCCUGUGCCCUGUGCUCUAGAGUGACCCGCUGUGGUCCUUUCUAACCGGCCCUACUCUGGGACGCUGGGAAGCGCGCCCGCCGCCGCCUCCCCUCCCGCUGCCUUUCCCCGCCCGGGAGGCGGUGGCAGCCGGGUCGCGCCGCCCUCCGGGGCAGCGGGGGGCGCUGCGCGGCGCCGCCCGCCGGGUUCCGGGGCGGCAGUAACGCGCGGGGCGCGGACGGAGCCGUGGCCGCCGGUACCGUUUGCACUCAUGCAUAUUUUAAGAAGAUCAAGUCAAGUAGAAGGAUGUUAAGACAUAAAAUGUCUAGAUAUUUCUAAGAAGGAUUUGGCUACGCUUCCAGGGAAUUGUGCUGUAUUAAAGGUAUGCUGAAUCAACAGUGCUGUAGCAUUAGUCAGCUCAGUGUUCUCCAAGGCCUGGAGUUGCCAGCUUUCUUCACACCAGUUGAAUUUUCUGUGUAGUUAAACUGUAACUGUUUUGUCUUUGGUUUUUAAUUUAUUAUGUUGCUCUUUUAAGCAAUAUGAUAGGAAUGUCGAAUACUGGAAUAUUCACUGUGUUCCUCAUGCUAGUUAGAAAAUACACCGCAAAGACUCCUUUCCUUAUGCCAGCUCUCAGAAUAAGUUUGGUACCAUUCCCAUACAGUGAUUUGGAAACAGUGCUGGAGUUUAUAAAUGCUGUUGUAAAUAGAGAUAGGAAAUAUAGAUGCUACUGUCAGUGAGCUUUUGGAAAGGCUUCUCACAGUGCCUCCUACGUGUGGUAAUUUUCCUCUUGAUGACUGUGCAGCACUGGGUAGGUGAUGAGACCAACUUCUAAAUUUUUUUAGUAUGACAAGUUGUUUCGCCCUUUCAGAACAGAUUUUUCAUUAUUGUUAUGUAACAUAAUAGGCUAAAUAAAAUGUACCAUGCCUGGAAACUUAUCCUCUUUCAGAUUUCUUUUAUCCUUUAUCAGUGUGCAAAACUAAUGAGAUUAAAGAUUUAGGACAAAUCAGAUGGGGGGAUUUAUUUUUGGCAUUGAUUGUCCUGUAUUACCACAAGGAAUUGUAAAUGAGUUGGCCUAGUUCUGCCUCCUUUGUAACAAUAUUAUAAUUUUAUAUUAUGAAUCAAAAAAGAUAAAAAGUUUAAAGGAGUACAUUCUAAGGAAUACAUCAAGCAAAUGUAUUCUGUAAAUUAAGUUAGCAUGCAGUUACUUCACUUUAUCUUAUAGAAUUUGUGCAUUUUUUCUUUCCAUUUUGCUUCUACUGAGAAUUUAUCCCAGUCUCUCUAGACACAUUAUUUUUAUCUUUGCCUGUGUGUCACCUUAUUAUCUUUGAGGUGGUAGUUUGGGAUUUUUUGUUGCUGUUAUUUUUAAGUUCUUUAAUCCUCUCCUGAAACUGUUUUCUAAUAUUCGUUUAUCAUUGGCCUCUUGUUUACGUCAUACAAUCACAUAAAGAUACUGAAUUAGCCUCAAAAAAACCUGCUGUCUUAAUUUAGAUCCUGCAUGUGAUGGGAUUUUUCAGGAACCUGCAUAAGCAAUCCUUUUGCUUAAGCUGCGUGGAGUGAUUUGAGAGUCAUAAUUUUCUUAGCAAUUUCGUCUCAUGCCAGAAUUAAUUGUGUGAUUUGGUCCUUAUUUUGGACUGUGCGUGUAUUUUGCACUUUUUGUACAUUUUUCUAAUGAUUCCUUCAUCCUUUGUCCCAUGUUUACUUUUCUGUGUUUUCUGAUUUUGAUUUUAUAGCUCACUAGGAGUAAGCUUGUGCUAGUGAGUAAUGAAGGGUCAUUGGUAGACUUGUAGUUAAAACAAACAACCCCCAAAUACUUCAACCAUGUUAGGAAAAAAAGAUUAGAGUAGUAUCUUCAGUCUUGUUAUCUGGAGUCUUUAAAUUUUCUCUCUGGUGAAACAUCAAGUAGUCUCCUCCAUGGAUGGGUUUCCCAAGUCAGUUGUUUUGUUGACCCAGCAAAUAUCUUAAGGCUUGUAGUUCUGAGGGAGAAAUUAGAUUAUUUUUAACUGCUGUCUUAAGCAACAGUAAUUGAACUUUACAUUUUUGAGGUUCUCAUGUAAAUGCCAUGUUCUACAUCUUUUCUGUAACCUAGAAAUGAUGGCGGAUGAUUUAGAAAAAUUUAUUGAAGACCAGAAGGCCAAGUUGGCACAAGAUAAGGCAGAACUUGAAAAUGAUCCACCUUACAUGGAAAUGAGGAAUAAGGAAUCAGAGAAGCUUUCUGAAACUAGCAAGAUGUUAAUCUCCAUGGCUAAAGAAAAUAUACCUCCAAAUAGUCAACAGAACUACCCUUUAGGUGACUAUGGCUUGAGUUUGCCUCUUGGAGAAGAAUAUGAACGCAAAAAGCAUAAACUCAAAGAGGAACUUCGACAAGACUACCGGCGAUACCUUUCUCAGGGAAUUUCACAGGCAAAAAGAAAGAAAAAUUAUCUGUCUACUGAUGAAGUAGAUCCACAUACUCAGGGAUUAUCUCUUCCUAUUGAUGAGCGAAGAUCUGCCAAGGAGAGAUUACGACUUGAAAGAAACAAGGAGUACAAUCAAUAUCUCAGGGAUAAAGAAGAAUGGAAUGAAAGGCUAAGGAAAUUAGGGAAGAAAAACAGAGAGAAUGAGAUGCACAGGAAUAAAACACCUAUUGCUGUUGCCAUGCUCCAGCCAGAAUUACAUACAGAAGUCCAGCCCUGUAAUACAGGUGCAGAACCUCCCAAGAAGGAUGCUUUUACUUCCACAGAAGGUUGUGAAGAGCUGCUAAAUAAGAGAUGGCUGGAGGAAGACAGGUACCACAGGUUAGAUGAUGAGGUUGAAUUGAGAAGUCGGCUAUUAAAUAAAAGAUUUGAUGAGGAUUUGGAUGUUUCCAAUCAAAGACAUCAUGGAUUUGCUAGCCAAUCUGUAAUUCCUACUAGGAAGUAUCACAGAAUUGAUGAAGAUGGUGAUUUUGGUAGAAGAUACUACAGAGUGGACUAUGAUCCUGAGACAAAUGCAGAAAUGGACCCUAGAUUUAGAUCUGAAAGCAUCUAUGACAGAAAAACUCCCCGGGGUUUUUAUGCUGAAAGGCCCUAUCUGAAUGGAAUGGUAAGAGAUGUACCUGCAGAUUAUGAAGAUGAAUUAAAGGAGAGAGCACGUGUGCGGCCGUUCUCAAGAACUGGAGAUUCUAGAAAUCAGAUACAGAUUAGUUCUUCAGCUAGUGAACAGGCCAAGUCUGCAGGCGAAAGGCGAUAUGCAACAGGCCUUGUUCUCGGUGGUCAGGACCGAGAACUGCUUCAAAGGAGAAAGGAGAAAUACAGACGGGAACUAAUGGAACAGAUGGCUGAGCAACAGCGGAAUAAGAGACGUGAGAAGGAACUUGAUCUCUCAGUUGCUGCCUCUGGAGCUCAAGACCCAGAAAAGCAGCCAAACAGAUUAAAGCAGUUUGGCUUCACAGCAAGAGCUUUUGAAGAGAAGGUACCUCCUGAAAGGCCCAGGGUGGCUUUCCAAACUCCAAUGCCAGCCCGUUCAGCCUCUCCAGUGAAUGAAGACUCUCAGAGUGAUAAAGAUUUUCAGAGGAGUCUAGUCAGCAGUCUUGGGGAAAUGGUAGCUCCCAGGCUUGCACCGUUGCCACCGCCUCCACCACCAGUUUUGACAGACAACUAUAAAACACCUUAUGAUGAUGCUUAUUACUUUUAUGGAGCUAGGAAUCCUUUGGAUCCUGCUCUUGCAUACUAUGGUACAGGUAUGAUGGGAAUGCAACCCACACCUGGUCUGGAUCCUCCUUUAGGCCAAGCUCCAGUAGAGCAGCCCUUAAGUAACAUUGGACAGAGGAAUACAGGAGACAGACAAAGAAGCAUAGGAGUGUAUUCUGAAGAAAAAACAAAGCCUUCCAAAGAGGCAACAUUGUCUUAUCAACAAGAAUUACAACAGCAGAUUAGAGAGAGAGAAGAGCGACGCAGACAAGAGCGAGAGGAGAAGGAGAAGUUAGAAGCAGAAAUGAAGAAUUAUAAUCCCUGGGGAAGAGGUGGUGGUGGUGCUCCUCUCAAAGAUGCAGAAGGAAAUCUAAUAACGGACUUGAAUGUCAUGCACAAGCGAAAUGAAGAGGCAUAUCAUAAACCAGAGGCAAGACUAUAUGAAGAUAAAAGGGCUAUUGUUGACCUAAAUUUGGCCUCCUCGAGACCUGAGAACUCAGAAGCAUCUACAAAUAAAAUAGCAGGUAUUACAUUUGCACAGGCCUCUCCUUUUGCUCGAGGUAAUGUGUUUGGUGAACCUCCAUCUCCAGAGCAGCUUAAGCGACAGGAAUCCUACAAGAACUUCCUGCGUCUACAGAUUGAAGAAAAGAGGCGUAGGGAAGAAGCGGAGCGAGAAAAACUUAGAAUAGAAGAAGAAAAAGAGGAAAAACGACUCGCAGAGCAGAGGAUGAGAAUUCAAAAAGCAUAUGAAGAGGAACUAGAGGAGAGAAGGAGGAAAGAUGAGGAGCGAAGAUUGAAAAAUAAAGAAGUAAUUCAAUUAGGUGAAGAAAGGAGAAAAGAGGCAGAAAAACAAGGAAAAGAAAAGGAAGAAAAGCAAGAGGAACAACUUAGACAGUAUCUUGAGAGAGAAAAGAUGGAAGAGGAAAAGAAGAUGUUGUCACGACAAUCUUCACCUGUCAUUCCCGCUCUGCAGAACAAAUCAGUAAGAAAAGAGGAAAGGAUUCCCUCUGCUGAGAGCCGUCUGUCUUACUAUGCACAAGAUCCUCCCCAGCCCAGAGCUCCUUCUCCACCUGUCCCUGCUAGAAGAAAUCAGCUGCGUUCAUUAGAGGAAAGGAAGAAUGUGAUAAACGAAUUGUCAGAGAUGAGGAAACAGCUUCGUAGUGAAGAGAGGCGACUGCAGGAACAGUUGCUAAAUGUGGCCAGUCAUGAUAAUGUGCCAGUUACACGCAGGAGGAGAGAGAAGAAUCCAAGGGACAUAUUUGAGAUGGCCAGGCUUCGUCUGCAGGCUCCAGUUCGGCGACCUUCCUUGAAGGAGGCACAAGAUCCUGUCAAUAUACAGAAUAUCUUGGAAUUUAAUGAACUUAAAUACAAAGAUCCUGAAACACGUAUGGUCUUGAGGCACAUGUAUCCUGAUCCUCCAAAAGAUGAUCAGACUCUAGAGAUUCAACAGCAGGCACUGUUGAGGGAGCAGCAGAGGAAACUUGAUAAAAUGAGAAUGAGGAGAGAAACAGAAGCUUUUGUUGAUCAAGAGGAUUCUGCUUUGGACAGCUACCCACAAACCAUGGGCCUGUUCAGGAACAAAUCGAAUGAAUUCCAGAAAAAUUCACUGUUGGAAUCGGAUAGUGCUUUUAUUGGUGCUAAUGGGGAAAUGUUUUCUGCCUUAGAAGAAGUGAAUUUAUUACCACAGCAUCCACUUUCUGCAAGGGAGAGGAGAAGACUGAGGCAGAGAGCUUUGGAGAGUGCUGUACGUGAGGAAGUUCCACCAGGGCAGACGCCGUUGCUGCAGCCUGACAGCUUCUCCUUGCACUCAAACUUCAGCCUCGACGUGGAUCAGGUGAAAGGCAAGAACGAGGAACGACUGCACAGACUGACUGAGCUCCAGCAGAAAUCUCCUUCCUUGGGUGAUGACAUUUCCUUAGGGGACGUGGACGACCUUCUGAAGCGCGCCCAGUCCCAGGCCAGCUCCACUGACACCGUGGCCACAGAGCCCUGGCUGCGACCGGGAACGUCGGCCACGCUGCGGAGGCUGCUGGGGGAGCGGCCGAGCUCGGCGAAGCUGUCCCCGCUGUCCCCGGAGAGCGCGCUCCCGCUGGGCUGGCAGGGCCUCUCCACCGCGCACGGCUGACUCCGCCCGGGGAGCCGCCGGGAGCCCCGCAGGGAGAGCUCUGUGCCGUGUAGAGUGUGGAGCUGUGUGUAACUGCAACAGCAAUAAAGGAUCAGACGCUGCAGUGGAACGGAGAUGGAGCGCAGGGAUGUUUUCUGUUCCGUGAUGUGGGACAUGGAGGAGGAGUAGCCUGGCAGCUUUUGCACUUUUUAUACAACUUAAGUUUCAGCCUCAGAAACAGAGUGUGGUGUGUGUGAAUUUGAUAUUAAAUCAAAGAUGUUUUUUAGGUUUAUAGUCGAACUCCAAAACUUUCUGGCAUUAGAGCAGCCCAACAGCAGAAGGGCAUUAGGUUUUUACCCAAAGAAUAACUUGAACAAGGACACUUGGUUUUCAUGCAAGAUAAAUGCUGUCCUGCAUGAAAGCACAGCUAACACUUUCAUGGAAAAAAAUUACUAUUAACAAUGUGUCUUACAUUCCCUGACUUGUUGUGUGCUGAAAAUACAGAUAUAGUUGACUAUAUUUAUGUUUCUGAUUGAAGAGUUAAUAAAGUAUUUUGUUACUAAAA